AUGUCAGCACCUGCCGCCACUGACGAGUUGUUUGAUGAUGCGUUGAUUAAGUUUGAUUCAUUUACACGCCCACGACCACUGAUUGAUGGAAACAUUCCUAAUGUGGAUCACACUUUAUCCAGACUCCCAAACAAUGCAUCAUCACGAAUCGAAUUCAAAGCGACCCAACCAAAGGAGCUAAUGGGGACCCAAAAUUUACAAUCAGGCAAAUUCUCGGAUGAAACUUCUCUUAGCGAUAUCCAUUUGAAGAUUCUACAAACCAAACUUGCUUUAAAAGCAGAACGGGAAACCGAGCAGAGGAAACUUGCCGGAAUUAAAAGUCAUGAUCGUCCUCUGUACUAUCAACUACCCAGUUCAGGAGUUAAAGAUUUUUACAAAGAGAUCAAAGAUUUCCUUCCACCAAACGUGAGCCUCGGUGGGCAAAAGUCAACAGCAAACUUCUUGCCCCAAUUGCACCGCAAUAGACUCAGUGCAAGGGACAACUCACCAAGCAAACUCAGUACCAUUAAUUUCGAGGACGACGAAGUGGAUUUGGAUGACUAUACUAGUGCUUCCCCCACUGGCCAUUGGGAAAAUCCCAUUGUCAAACAAGCACUCUCACGACAAGUGGAUCUUGAACAUUAUACAAAAUUAUUGUUACGAAAUGUGCUAUAUUUGAUCAUUUUGUUGCUAUUCAAAUCACUCAUAAAAAAAGUAAUAAUAUUGUACGAAAUAAACUUGAAAGCACAGCCACUAUACAAGCAAAUGAUGUACAAUAGUCGCUUUGAUUUCGAAACAUUGGUAAACAGUGUUUAUUUUAUCAUUGCCGAACAAAUUGUCACAUGUUGGCCGCUUAUCAAUAUUGUUAUUUCUGUAGCCAAGUUACUAAAAGGACAGGAUCAAUGUUGGGAUUUACCGUUGACCAACAAGCAAAGAACAUUGAUUGGCUUAAAGGUGAAUGACAACGAGGAGGAAAAUGAAGCAAAUUUGAUUUUGACGCAGCGAAAAUACGACAUCAAUCACCACUUGGCCAACGACUCGGUACCCAAGUAUAACCCAAUGAAUGACUAUUUGCUUGGAGAUGCUGGAAAACGGACUUCGGACCAGUAUACCAACGGUCGCUGGGUGUAUAAAUAA